GGGUCACGAUGCGGAAAGCAAGAAGUCCCCGGGAAUCCUGAAUCGUUCAUCAACUCUCGUCCCGGACUGGUCCCUGUCUCCUCAUCAUACUGCCAUGUAACUACUUUUAACGACAAUGAAUUUUGUUGCUGGCUGUAUUUUCCUGAGGGACAACUUCUUAUAUAUGUCAACAUGGAAAUAACCAGACACAACUUUAAGCAGGUGAUAGAUCAGGUGUCAGAAGCGGUGGAUGAAGCUUCCUUCCUGUGUAUCGAUGGAGAGUUCACAGGUUUAAACAAUGGUCCGGCUGUACAUGGGUUUGACACACCUCAAGAACGAUACGACAAACUUAGGAAGGGCUCCUUGGAUUUUCUCUUUGUCCAGUUUGGACUGUGUGCUUUCAAAUAUGAGACAGAAGAAUCCAGGUUUGUGGCCAGACCGUUCAAUUUCUACAUCUUCCCUCGACCGUUGAACCGAAAUGCUCCGGACUGUCGAUUUUUGUGCCAGGCCUCCAGUUUGCAUUUUCUUGCUUCUCAGGGCAUGGAUUUCAACAAAGUUUUCAGGGAUGGCAUCCCGUACUUGUCUCCUGUUGAUGAGCAGCAGAUGAGAGACACCCUGGACCAAAAACACGCCACGCAGCAGCUGAACUCCCCUCCAUUUACGAGUGGUACGGCCCACACAUCAGACUCCACCAGAACCAUCCAAGUCCCCGCUGAACACAAGGACUUCAUACAACAAACUCUCACCAGAAUACAGUCCUUCAUAGACAGUGAUGAGGACACCAUUCAGUUGGAACCCUGCAAUGCAUAUCUGCGAAAGCUGAUCUACUCAACAGUUAAAAACAAGUUUUCAUCUUCAGUGUACCUGGAAACCAAAGUAGGAGAGCAGAAUCAACACUACUUCAUAGAAGUCAGCAAAGCCAAUGAGGAGUUAUUGAAAAAGAGAGGAGAGGAAAAAAGACAACAGGAACUGGAUGAACUGGAUGAUGCUGUUGGGAUGUCCAAAAUCAUCAGGAUGAUUUGUCAGUCGGGGAAACUUGUCAUUGGUCACAACAUGCUGCUGGAUGUUCUCCACCUUCUGCAUAAGUUCAGCUACCCACUGCCUCAGGAAAUAGAUGAGUUCAAGUCUCUAGUAAACUGUCUCUUCCCAAGAUUACUGGACACUAAACUGAUGGCAAGCAUGCAUCCUUUUAAGGAACUUGUCUCUAACACAACACUGGGAGACCUCGAGGCAACUUUAGGGAAAGAACCAUUCAAAGUGCCUGUCAUAGUGUUUCCAGAAGACUUCCCAGCCUAUGAGACAGCCCAGGAGCACCAGGCUGGUUAUGAUGCUUACAUCACUGGGAGAUGUUUCACCAUCAUGGCCAACUACUUAGGUAAGUUCAAGUCGCAGUCUAAACCUGUACUUCCCGGAUCAGCCUUGUUGGAACCUUUUGUGAACAAACUUUACCUGAUGAGAGUACAAGACAUUCCUUACAUCAAUCUGACUGGAGAGGACUUAAAACCCAACAGAGACCAUGUCUUCCAUGUGACCUUCCCUAAGGAGUGGAAGUCUAAUGACCUGUACCAGCUCUUCCGACCAUUUGGACCAAUCUACAUUGCCUGGAUUGAUGACACAUCAGCUUUUGUGGCUAUGAGUAAGAAGGACCAGUCAGAUCUGGCCUACAAAAUGCUGUGUGAGGGAGUGAGCUACAGAGUAAGGCGGUAUGGUGAGCACAAAGAGCCACUCGCUCCACAUGGGCGGAAGAGACCCCUGUCAUUCCCAGAGGCCAUUACACCUCGGAACGGGGAAGGCAAGAGGUUAAAGGUCACCAGUUCAGAUGUGGGCAGAAGGGUGUCGCCUGUGACCCAACGUUGUAUCACCACCAUCCUGGAGGAAGCCGAAGACAAACCCACCACAGAGACAGGAGAGGAGGAGGAGGAGGAACAUCUCAAGGAAGAUGGAGAUGAAGAUAAGGGUGAUCUGAAGGAGGAAAUCUUGGCAGAGAAAGAUAAUGAUUCAACUCAGGCACAGCUGUUUGAGGAGCCUCAGGUCUGGUGA